CACGACUAGGGAAGCGUGCCCUGUUUUACUUAUUUAACUGGAGAAUGGAAAUGUAUGCCUAGCUGGAAAUGCCUGGGGGAUUUUUACAUCAGACGAAAUGACAAUGAUUAAAAUCUGUUUUUUCCUGCUCUAAAUAUAUUGAGCGACGUGACACUUGCUUGAUAUUGAAUAGCACUUAACCGUUUACCCCCUGCAAACCAGAACGUUAAAACGUUACGGGGGCUGAUAUAUUUAUAUUUUUUACCGGAAAAUACGAAAAAUCUGACAUUAAUUAUUAUAUCUGGUCAUAUACAUCAUUUUUGUAAAAGGGAGAGAGUAUCACUUAUUCGUUUUUAAAAUCUGACUGGGUGCGAGUAGAGCUAAUUGUAGCCUAAUCCUUGCCCCAGAGGCGUUUGGGCAGCCCGGAGCAAGAAUUCUUUUUUAGCGCUGCUCUGUUAUUUAGAGACAGGAUUAUUGGCUUUCUUCUCAUAACAGACCGGUAGUAUCAUUUAAGAAAAAAAAGACACUCAAGAAGCUAAAAUACGAAGCAGGAUUUGACCGACUCAAAUUUUUAACUGUAUACAAAUAAGAACCGAAAAGGGAAAGGAGAGGUCUCUUCUAUGUAUAAGGAAGGAAGAAGCAUGUCACGACUGUCUUUGACCCGGUCCCCGGUAUCUCCUAUGUCCACACAAGGAAUCCCUCUACCGGCUCAACUGACAAAAUCGAAUGCUCCGGUUCACAUUGACGUCGGGGGACACAUGUAUACUAGUAGCCUGGCUACUCUCACCAAAUACCCAGACUCAAGAAUCAGCCGUCUGUUUAAUGGCACAGAGCCCAUCGUGCUGGACAGCUUGAAGCAGCACUACUUCAUCGACAGGGAUGGAGAAAUAUUCCGUUACAUUCUCAGCUUCCUCAGGACCUGCAAACUGCUUCUCCCAGAUGACUUCAAGGAGUUCCACCUGCUGUACGAGGAGGCUCGGUACUACCAGCUGUCCCCCAUGAUUAAGGAGCUGGAACGUUGGAAGCAGGAGAGGGAGCAGCGCAGGACGGCCCAGCCCUGUGACUGCCUGGUGGUGCGGGUGACGCCUGACCUAGGUGAGAGGAUCGCCCUUAGCGGGGAGAAGGUGCUCAUCGAGGAGAUCUUCCCCGAGACUGGAGACGUCAUGUGCAACUCGGUGAACGCCGGCUGGAACCAGGACCCCACGCACGUCAUCCGCUUCCCCCUCAACGGCUACUGCAGGCUCAACUCUGUCCAGGUUCUAGAGCGUCUGUUCCAGAAGGGUUUCAGCGUGGCAGCGUCCUGCGGCGGCGGGGUGGACUCCUCCCAGUUCAGCGAGUACGUGCUGUGCCGUGAGGACCGGCGGAGUAUGUCCAUGAACACCCCCAUCAGGAUAAAACAGGAGCCCCUGGACUAGAGAGACUUUAGGAGAGGAGAGGGACUAGCCACGAGGGGCUCCUCACCCCCCUAUUGGACAGAACAGAACAAACCCAAACCCUAAUAUCCCUCCACCUCACACCACAGAAACCAACCCAGCAAGAAACACCUAAGUAUUAGCAGAUGCCUGAUAACGUUGCCAGCUCUGAGGAACUCAGUGCACUAAGGGGAAUGUAGUAUAAACACAAAAAAGCAAAGAAAAAAACAAAAGGAUUUGAUUCUGUUUACUAAUAACACCCAAAGGAAUAUAGGACUAUGAUGAUGAACAGAAAGACUGAAACAGCAGCUCCAUCUCUUGACCCAUUUAAGCACCGUGACCAAUCUCUUUUUCCUCCAGUUGUAAGGCUCUCUGACCCCUUAUGAAGAGGUGUCCUGACCUCAGUGAGGAGCACGGCCCCCUUGCCCUCAGUGCAGCGCAUGGCGGUGUGUCGUCCAGUCCCGUACGUGUCUGUGUGAGGCCCAUGUGUUGUGUGCGCCGUCCAGUGCAGCUGAGUGGGGACAAGACAGGUGCUAUUUAGGGAGGCCUGGCCUGACAAGGGACAGGGCUGACAGAGAGGAAGAGGAGGAAGUGACAGCCAUCCAGCCCACAUUGCUCUUAUAGCCAGCAACCAGGCCUCGCAGCCAAGGGAAGUCCGAUUGAUUGUCUUUCUUAUUUUCAUUGUUGUUUAUAAAGUACAACUUUUUUCUCUGUUUUUUUUGCUGUUUUAUCACAACAUGGUGUAAACAAUUAUUAUUAGGAUUGUUUUAUGUUUUCCCCUCCUAUAUGAAGGAUGUAUGAGCGUUGUAUUCAGUCAGUAUGUUUGAAAGCUUCAGAGAAUGAGAAAGAGAGACAGAGAGAGAGAAAGAGAGACAGAGAGAGACAGAGAAAGAGAGACAGAGAGAGAAAGAGAGAGAGAGAGAGAGAGAGAGACAGAGAGAGAGAGAGACAGAGAGAGAUACACAGAGAGAGAUACAGAGAGACAGAAAGAGAGAGAGAGAGAGAGAGACAGAGAGAGAGAGACAGAGAGAGACAGAGAGAGACAGAGAGAGAGAGACAGAGAGAGAGAGAGAAAGAGAGAGAAAGAGAGAGAGAGACAGAGAGAGAGAGAGAGAGAGAUACACAGAGAGAGAUACAGAGAGACAGAAAGAGAGAGAGACAGAGAGAGAGACAGAGAGAGAGAGACAGAGAGAGAGACAGAGAGACAGAGCGAGAGAGAGAGACAGAGAGAGAGAGACAGAGAGAGAGAGACAGCGAGAGAGACAGAGAGAGAGAGACAGAGAGAGAGACAGAGAGAGAGAGAGACAGAGAGAGAGAGAGAGACAGA